AUACACAAAGCAACAACAAGAAUUUUUAUCAUGUAUAAUUCCUCAAGAAAAUGGAAUUAGUAGAGAAGAAUUUUUAUCAAGUAUAAUUAUGCAAACACCGAUAACUCCUAAAAAUCCAGAAAUAGAGUCUAGCGUCUUGGAGCAUAUCGAUCAGAGGAUAUAUCAUGCUGCAGAGGAGGUUUCUGUAUUUGCGAGAUGA